AGAGAAAACUUUGCAAAAAUAUUAUUUGAGAGAGUGACGCUCGUCCUAUAAAUAUUUUCCCAUCUAAGGACACCUCUCAUCUUUAUCAUACUCUGCAGUUGCACACACAAAAGACAAGUACCCCAUAUAAAAAUGAAAAACCUUUACUGCCACUCGUUUUUCCUGGCAGCUCUAGCCAUCUUCCACGUGUCAGCCGCACCACCGCCGUCUCCGCUCCCCUCCGCCGCAAACGACUUCCUGGACGCACACAACGAGGCAAGAGGAUCCGUGGGUGUUCAGCCCCUAAGGUGGAGCCCGCAGCUUGCCAGCACUACCAGCAGGCUCGCCCGCUACCAGAGGGACAAAACAGGGUGCCAGUUCGCCAACCUCACCGCCGGAAAGUACGGCGCCAACCAGCUCCGGGCUUUGGGCGCGGCGGUGACGCCGCGUAUGGUGGUUGAGGAGUGGGUGAGUCAGAAGCAGUUCUAUAAUCACACUGAUAACACGUGCGUCCCCAACCACCGGUGCGGCGUUUAUACGCAGAUCGUAUGGAGGAAGACCGUUGAGGUUGGUUGUGCUCAAGCCAAGUGUGAUAAGGAAGGAGCUAGCUUGACCAUUUGUUUCUAUUAUCCUCCUGGUAACUAUGUUGGGGAGAGCCCUUAUUGAUCAAUCUUGUACAUCUGGUUUUUCUGAUCUAUCAGUUUUUUGAUUUUUAGAUGCAUGGUGGAAAAUCAUCACGAUGAGUAAAAUCGCAAUGAACAGAAGCAACUUUUCAUUAGUUUUUAUCGCACUUUGCAGUGAUUUUGACUUGAAUGUUGUUUUUCAUGGUGUAUUAUCCAUACAUGCACUUUAUCCAUUUGAGUUGUGGUGAAUUUGUGAUAUUCUUGUAAUGGUAAUUUAUAAUUAGAGUUGAUCAUGUAAGUGCGACAAAUCAAAGGUAAAAUCACGAUGUAUCUGGUUUCUCUAAUCUA